AUGAACACUGUACAUGGACAGUUUAUUUCAGCCGCCGUAACCGUCGUUCAGCGUCUAGCUCGCGCUCUUCCCGAGGUAGCAGCGCCAGCAGCUCGCGUUCAUUCCAUUCACGCAGCUCGAAACGCCGGCAUCAGCGGCGCUUAUCCCGAAGUGUCGGAAUUCGUCGGCAUCACUCAAAGGGUCUCAUUCCACUCUACGGCGCCAGCGGUCGAGAGAUCGUCGGUUACGUGUGCCCGUGCCGUGCUGGCGUCAAGCUCUGGUACAGUCACCAUUCUGAUUUCCAAAAAAGCACGGUUUAAUAGACAGGACACGAACACUCUUUCUUUGUCCCCUUUUCUCGAGAGCUGCGCUUUACAAAUCCCUAACAUUUGAAA